GCGCGCCGGCGCAGUGAGGAGCAUCCGGGUCACGCUGAGCGCCUGCGCAGUGGAGCUGUGGCUGUUGGGAUGGCGGCAGCGGGCGGUGAGGAGCCGGACUCGGAUGAUGGCAGCGAGGAGCUGGUGCUCACCCCACUACAGCUCAUCCGCAGCCUGGAGCAGGCCUGGCUGAACGAGAAAUUUGCCCCCGAGCUGCUGGAGAGCAAGCCUGAGAUCAUUGAGUGCGUGGUGGAGCAGCUGGACCACAUGGAGGCAAACCUAAAACGGGCAAAGAAGGGAGACUUGAAGGUCAGCGUCCACCGCAUGGAGAUCGAAAGGAUCCGUUAUGUGCUCAGUAGUUACUUGAGAUGUAGACUUGUGAAGAUAGAGAAGUUUUUCCCACAUGUUCUGGAGAAGGAGAAAUCUCGAGCCAGAGGGGAGCCUUCCAUUCUAUCACCAGAGGAGUUUGCCUUUGCUAAGGAGUACAUGGCAAACACCGAGACUUAUCUGAAAAAUGUGGCCCUAAAGCACAUGCCACCCAACCUGCAGAAAAUAGCCCUCCUAAAAUCAGUCCCAAAACCCAACCUGGACUCUUUCGUGUUCUUGAGAGUGCUGAAGAGACAGGAGAACAUCCUGGUUGAGCCAGAAACCGAUGAGCAGAGAGAGUACACCAUCGAUCUGGAGGAGGGCUCACAGCACCUGAUCCGCUACAAGACCAUUGCCCCUCUGGUGGCCUCAGGAGCAGUGCAGCUCAUCUGAGCGAGUGGUGAGCACUGAGCUUUGAUCUCAUCACAGCCUGUACAACCUUGGAUGUUGUGCAAGUGCCCAAUCCCUCUGAAGUGAACUGGAGGGAUACUUCUACACCACCUUUGCCACGUGAUCCAUUGAGCAAAGAACACACAUGAAGGUAUUUGCUGGCAGAGCAAAUCUUGAUUAUAAUGCAAGGAGCAGGAAGGAUUGGGAGCAAAUUAAGGAUGGAAACUGCAACUCAGAACAAAGAGAAUGUCGUGAGCAAGCAGGAGAGAACCCUAGGGUCAUGUGAGUGAUACUUAACUCCAGUUUGUUACCAGCAGUAGGAAGGGGGGUUGGAGAGUUUACCAAGUUUAUCUCUUGUCUUUCUCAAAGUAUUGCCUGGAAGAUGCCAUGAGCUUAGGAAUUUGGUUUGUCUGCUCUGAAGGAUAGUUAUGCAGGCCAAGCAGCAGGUCUGUCCUUCUUUGGAACGUCUCAAGGCAGAAUUUACCUUGCAGAUGGAAUGAACUUUGUUCUGCCUAUGCAGCUUCUGUCCCAGUGUGGACACAGUUGUCCACAAUGCCUUCUAACUUGUCUAGAGAGAAAUUACAGUGAUUUUAUUUUUUCCUGGUGUUCUGGCAACAGUAGCACUAUUCUCAUAAAAUAUCUACCUUUGCUAUUUCAAGUAUCUCAGAUUUGCCUGCAGUGUAGGCCUGGAUUUGGAAUUGCUUCCUGGCCUUUGUGCUGAUAGUGGCUUUUCUUGCGUGGUCCAAAGAAUGAUUGCCUACAUGAGCCCUAAGCAUCUGUGUUUUCUCUGAUCAGGCUGUGACUCAUUACGAUUGUGAUGGAAGCUUUGGAAAUGUCAAACAGCAUUUGUAGGUUUGUCACAAACCUUCUUCACCAAGCAACUGAUUCACAUGUAGUAUGUCUUGAUAAUGCCCACGUACAAUUUGUAUUUCAUUCCAUUGUUUUGUUACAUGCACAAGCUUUGCAUAAAACCAAUAUCAGAGCAGAA